AUGAUUGGUUUCAAGUAUGGGAAAGAUUCUGUAAUGGUGGUGAGUGAUAGUGACUACAAAGCUUGCAACUCUACUCAGCCCAUAUUUUUCUCCAACAAUGGCAACACCAUAUUCAAACUCGACCGCUCAGGUUACUUUUAUUUUAUCAGUGGAGUAUCUGGUCAUUGUGAAAGAGGACAGAAGAUGAUAAUCAAAGUCAUGGCGGUUGAGGAAGCAUCGCCUUCAGGGGAUGGCAACACAUCUGGUUCGAGUGGUGCUGCUAGUAUUAGUUGUUAUUCUAUAGUUCCAAUGUUCCUUUUUGUUGUUGCUGGAUCCGCUGGUCUCCUCUAG